CCAUAUCCACCGUCUCUGAAAAUCCGCUUGCAGUGUCUCCGUCCAGAUCCUAUCUUUUCCUUAUCUGUCAAAACCCGAGAAUGCGGGGGGCACAACACUGCUCAUUCUCCAUCGUGUCCUCCCUUCGCCGUCUCAAACCUUCUUUUGCCCCAUUCAAUUUUUCCGUCUAUAACCCCAUCAAGACUCUGCGUCCUGUAAGGGCCCAGAAACUCCUCCCGGCGCGGCAGGAAUCAUGGCUUGCUAACGCCUCGCCACCACUUCAUCUUGAGGAAGGUCCCAUCGAGCUUCCGUCUUCCGAUUCCUCCAUUUUUGCCUCCUCAGACGACCCUACUCCUAUCCAAAUAGCCACCAGUCUCCUCCUCACUGGAGCCAUCUCAGUCUUCCUCUUCAGGUCUCUCCGCCUCCGUCUGAAGCGAGCUAAGGAAUUGGUAAAAAACUUAGGUCAUCGGGAGUGAAGCAAAUGUCCGAAUUGGAAGCAAUUGAGAGCCUGAAAGGAAUUAUGCUGACACCUACUGAUGCCAAGGAUCCACCACCUUCACCCGUCCAGGCACUCUUUGGUGGUUUGACAGCUGGUGUUAUUGCACUAGUCCUAUACAAAUUUACAACAACUAUCGAGUCAUCUCUCAAUCGGCAAGCAAUCUCUGAUAAUUUCUCGGUUUGUUUCUCGUUAGCCCUGUGAAUUUGUUGUGUUGGAUCUAAUAUUCAUGUAGAGAGAUUAAACACUAAAAGUAAUGCAUACUUGAUUUUACAUUGAUCAUUUCAGAUACAUUGAACAUCGAUCACUAGCCAAAAAUAUAUCCCAGGUUUUCUUGAAAAAAGAUUACGAGAUACUCCAUGUGUGAUUUGCAUUCUCACAGUUUCUAGUGGGUUAUUGACCACAAUUUAGCUGCAUUGGUUGACAUUUAUCUUUAGGAAUAAGUGGUACACAUGCUUCACAUUUUAUUGAGUUAUGGUUGUUGAAGUCGCAAACAUUGAUGUUUUGUAUCCCUUAUAAAAUGACUUGCUAAUUAUGCCCUGCAACAAGGGUGCAAAUAGCAAUUUGGCCUUGGGGGUUUUCCCACGGUUAUUCGUUUGGAUUAAAAGUGGAGGCUGUAUGGGAGGGGAACUGGGGAGAUCUGUUUAAAGGAGGAGACAUUAGGGGAGAACUGGGGAGAUGGAGUUCCAAAAAAUUGUACUCCCUCUGUCCUAAAACUUUCUUCCCACUUCCCCUUUUUCUCCGUCCUAAAAUUACCUUCCCAUUAGAAAAAAAAAGAUGACAAAUGACAUUAAUACUCUCAUGUAUUUACACCAAUUAUCUUCUAACUCUAUAUUUUGAAUGAUUGCAAAAAAAAAAUUUCAAAAAAUCUUUUUUAAGGAGGGUAAAAUUUGAAGUCAAAGCCAAAAAUUAGAAAUGGGGAAAAGUCAAACUGGGAAGAAAGAAUUAGGACGGAGGGAGUAUGUUUCAUUCAAAUGGUCAAUGGAGGAAUGAAGAAAUAGUAUUCUAGAAAGAAAAAAGUACAACUGUUAUGCAGCAGCUGCCCUUUUCAAUUGUCUAGGUCAAAGCUGUUAAACUUGAGAUUCUAACUAGGGUUACAGAACCGUUACAUCGACUGUAAGAUCCUAUGGUAGUAGUUAAUAUUUAAGUUUAUAUUGGCUCACUUGGGUGUAGGGUAUGUUGAGUUGUAUAAGAAGGGAAUGUGGAGACAAAAUAGUUAAUAUACAUAUAUUUCAUAAUUAGACAGGUACAAAAGAAUAAAGAGAAGGGGUCAACCUGGACAGGUAAAUAGGAGCAAAGGGACUAUUUGGUAUAAUUGGUUAUGUAAAUAAGUAUUUUAGGAAUUUAUAUGUAUAACAAUAAUAAAUGCUACCAUUGGGA